AUCAACAGUGCAUCGAAUGACACAGUCGAAGAGCUCGAAUAAUAGCAAACACAAUGAUCAAGUAUAUAUUUCUAUUCGUAACUGGAUUAGCCAGCAUUAAAGGGGAUUUAACACCAAAAGACCCUUUUUACGACAGCUUGCAUUAUGCAACGUUAUCGAAUGGAGAUUUUCAGGAAUUACAAAUAGAGGAAGACAAUCAAUUGUAUAAAACCCAAGCGAUAAAUCUUUUGAGUGAUCUUCUGACUCUUUAUUCACAACUUAUUCAGGAGCAGCAAAGUAAAAUAUCUGACUUGAAGAGCACUGUCGAUACGAAUUCAAGGCUGAUAAUGGAUUUGGAAACCCAAUUGGCUUAUUGCCAACCAAUCAGUUGCCGUAGCUUUGCCAAUCAGAGUGGUGUUUUCGAAAUAAAAGUACCUCAGAUCGAGGCAUUCAGAGCAGUCUGCGAUGCUGAAAUCGCUGGAUCUGGCUGGAUGGUCAUUUAUCGCCGAACCACUGACAAAGAUUCGAGUAAUUUCCAACGCGACUGGCAGACAUAUGAGAACGGGUUUGGUGAUUUCGACGACGAUUUCUUCAUCGGUCUCAAGAAGUUGUAUUACACUUUAAAGUCGGAACCCCACGAGCUAUAUGUUCAUCUUUCAAACGAAUACAAUGAGACUAGCUUUGCACAUUACGACAAUUUUUCUAUUGGUAAUGCGAGCGAGUCCUAUAUGCUGAAGACAUUGGGUAAGUUUUCGGGUGAUGCUCGUGAUUUUAUGUCGAACAGAAUAGAUGGAAAGUUUUCAACCUACGAUCGAGAUAACGACGGCGUGGAUUCGGAUAAUUGUGCAAGUGCAUCUGUUGGGGCCUGGUGGUAUAAAGGAGCUUGUGAUCGUAAUAUGCAUGAACGAUACCUCGGUAAUUAUAAUAUGUGGGCUAGUGGCACCCCUUGGCCAAAAUACAUAGCCUCUGUCCAAUUUAUGAUAAGAUCUAAGCUGGAUUAGUGCUUAAAACUUGGAUCAAAAUUUAUGAUAAGACCUAAGCUGGAUUAGUGCCUAAAACAUGGCCCAAAACUACUUGUACUUCAAUUGUAUGCGGAGCAGGGGAAAUCCAUCUGCCUUUUAAAUGUAUUGCCGUUGGUUUUAAAAAAUAGCAAGUUGUCGAAUCUGCUCAGCUAUUGUUAAUUUGUUUAUUAUAACAGCAUUGAUCUGUUUGCUUUCUCUUUCAAUAAUAAAUUUGAACAUUUUCGCAAUCAA